ACUGAUAAUAAAAUGUAAACAUGGUUAAGGUUUCGUUGUUGUUUUUUUUUCACCAAAGGUUAUUUCGGCAUAUAAUUACUUUCUGAAUCAUGAUACUAUUAUAUUUAGUGACUUAAAUAUUUUACUUACUAUAAAUAUGCUAUCUUUUAUUAAAGUAUAAUAUUUAUUUGCACAAUGGGAAAACUAAGAGUUUUUGAAAUCGUCUUUGACAAUGGUAAAUCUGUUUAUAAUCCAUCUGAACUUGUUAAUGGCAAAUGUAUUGUGGAUUUACGUGGUGACAUGAAAAUGAAAACUCUCAGAAUUCUAAUGAGAGGUGUAGCAAAAGUCCACUGGACAGAAUCAAGAAGCACAGGCAAUCGACUUGGUGCGUACACUGAACAUUAUAACGCAGAAAUCGAAUAUUUCGUGAAGAGACAAGUGCUCUUUGGCUCUGAAACUGGAGAUGGGCGUGAAGUUCUAACUGAAGGUCGACAUGAAUUUCAUUUCUCCUUUCAGCUUCCAUCUGGAGGGAUUUCUACAUCCUUUGAAGGAAAAUAUGGCAGUAUACGAUACUGGCUGAAAGCAGAGAUGGAAAAGCCUUGGACUUUUAACCACAAAGCCAAGAAAGCUUUUACUGUUAUUUGUCCAAUUGAUAUUAAUCGAAAUGAAUAUUUGGUCCCAGUUGAAAACAACAUGGAAAAAGUUUUGUGUUGUUGGUGUUGCACUUCAGGGCCAAUUUCAUUAUAUGCAAGAACAGAUCGAAAAGGCUAUUGUCCUGGUGAAUCCAUUGCCAUAACUGCAGAUUUUGAAAAUCUUUCCAGUCGAACUAUCAUACCACAUGCUACUCUUCACCAAACUCAGACUUUUUUGGCUGGUGGAAAGUCAAGAACUAGGCACAGCAAAUAUACCAUAGUUACUGGUCUUGCUGUUCAGCCUGGUAGGACUACAAGUUGGGAUGCUCAGCUAUUAAAAAUUCCUGCUGUUACUCCUUCAAUUAUCAACUGUUGCUUAAUAAGGGUAGAUUAUGCUGUCAGAAUAUCCCUUCAAAUACCCGGUGCUUAUAAUUUAAGUAUGGACUUGCCAGUUCUCAUUGGAACCGUACCAUUACGCCCUAUCAACUACCGUCAAGUACCUCCAUUAUUAGAUAAUAUCGGAGAACCUGGUGGUAACUUGUACUAUCAGCCUGCUCCACCAUACAGUGAAAUUGACUUGUCAAUGAUUCCAAGUGAACCACCACCUACCUAUGCAGAGUGUAUCGAAGGUUCUGUGGACAUUGCAGAUGAUGAUGACGACAAUAUUGUUGGGGACACACGUUUUACACCCAUGUAUGCGUAUGUUCACAGUUUUCAUCAUCAACCUCCUCCUGCAUACUCAGAGGUUGACCCGCACAGUGAACAGCCGUUUUCUAAUGUCGGAAUUAGGUGAAAGCAACUUUUUCCAUUUAUUUUAUUCUCAAGCCAAAUGACCAAGUCAUAAUUCACUUCUUUAAAUAAAAGUGAAUUGAUUUACAUUUUUAAAGUUAAAUUGCACAACCAAGUUGGCUGCUAGCUCUACGCCCUGUUUGGAUCAUGCAUUUGAAACACAGUGUAGUUGUAUACGUGUAAUGGCAUUGUUUUGAUGUAAAUCUCAACUGAACAGCGAUCGCUUUAAUAACAGAAUAUUUAACAUCGGAAAAUGAACAAGUUGUAUUUUUUUUUAAUUCUUUUAGUCUGUUUUACAUUCUUUGAAUAACGCAUAGUGUGUUCUUUGAUUUUAUUGCUUGUGCUAUUUAUUAUUAUUUUUUUAAUUAGAUCUGUAUUAUUGUUUCUAGUUUGAAAUAAUUUUUUUCUU